GAAGAUCAGGCCCACGCGUCGUCCGCAUCGUUUUGGUUCUACGUCCAGUAGGUCUACUGUCAAACCGAUGGAUGCAUGAUUCAAUUUUUGAGUCUGAUAAUUGAUGUCUUGAGAAGCAAUCUUGCGGAGUAUUCUAUUACACACAAAGACAGGCCGUGUGGAUACGUGAGAGUAAGUAGAUGAUAAUUUAGUUCUUUCUCACAAAACUUUUGUUCUUUGGAAUUGAAUUUUUGUGUCAAGUUGUAUCAUGCACUAGUGCUCCACUACUUAAAGUAGCUGGACGGAGAGCAGAACGAACUCGGAGGUAGUAGCGAUUUCUGAGGUAGCAAGCAUCUACUUGAAUGCUGAGAUAGAUAUUGCAGUUGUUCACAACAUUGAAAUUGAUUUAACCAGGUGGAGCCAAUUAUAAUAGUUGUAUCGCCAUCAACAUCAAGUGAAAGGAAAACUACGAAAAAUGAAUUGGUGGAAGAACAAAGCAGACUACCACUACGUCUUUCAUACAGCCGUUCAUCUUAAAGAUUAAGACAUAAACGAUGAGCAACCAAGCUACUUCCUCGAUCUCGUGUUUUCUCACUUAGCGCAGCAGCCGCAAUGACUGCGCCAGGGCCGCCUCCUGCAGGCGGCGAUGGAGCCUCUGGCGGCGAACGCACACCGUCAUCCUUGUUCGCGUUCGCCACAAGUGCGGGUUCCAAUUUGCUCGCUGCCGGCUCGCAGGCACUGGAGGCGGCGAAAUCGGCAGCAGUAGAGGCCUUAGACGAAGCCGAGCAAGAAGAACGCGCAAAUGCCGCGGCCGCGAGUCUAGCAUCAUCAACAGAAGGCGCUUCACCUAAGACACUCGCCGCAAAGCUGCAGGUUGCACAGAGAGAGGUAUCUGAUCAUCGUCCGUGUGCUUGAUAUACUCACUUUUUGAAAUUGAUAAUAGAUAUCCAACAUAGAAGCUGCUUUGAUGAAGGAGAUCCACCAGAAGAGACUACUAGUACUAGUUCGAUUUUGAUAUAAUUGUACUCGCGUUACAACUAGCUUGGAGUUGGAGGUUCCUGCAAAAAACUAACCUUAAAAAAAGUUCACCUCCUCUUUCCCUCCCACUGCAGAUCCAGCGUUUGCAGAAAGAGAAUGCAAGUAUCGCUGCCACUACGCAAGCGACGGUGCGACAGGAGUUUUCGGCAAAGUUCGAGGACGUGAAGGCCAAAGUACAAGAACGCUUGAGAGCCAGCAACGAUGAGAAGGUGGCAUUGCAAACGCGCGUUCACGAACUUGAGCAGCAGGUUGCUAACUCAGGAGAAGGAGGAGCGGCUGCGGCAACGACUGGUGGCGAUAGUGCUGCAGCAGGUGGAACUACAGCCACGACGGAGACACCAGAAGCGCUGGAAGCUAGAGUCGAGGCCCGGCUGAGAGAAGAGUUUGACGCUCAAUUGGUGACAGCAAAGACGACAUUGCAAGAAAAAUGGGAACAACUGAAAAAAUCCGCGCAAGAAAAGAUGCAAGAGAAGGAAACUGAGUACUUUCCUACAUCAUACCUCAUUUUGUUGUACUUACUUGUUGAUGUUCUUGUUCUCUUGUAGUUCAGUUGUCGGGGCACGAGCACGAGCUACUGGUGGUUUGUAAAUAAUCAUUGAGAAGAAAAGGCGGUUUUGAAAUGUCUUCCUUGUCCUCGAAAAUAAUAGAAGCCUUGUAAAAGUAGUAUGUGAUCAUGCAUAUCGGACUUGUUCGACCACCAAACUUAUCCUCAACAUCCAGUGCACAUCAAUUGCCAGGCACACGCAGCAAUUGUCGUCUUUGCAGGAAAAGAUUGCUGCGCUUGAGACCGCGAGCACUGCUGCCGCAUCUGCUGCGGCACCCUCAACGGAGACCACUGAUGGUGCUGCUCUAGAGGAAUUGAAGGCGAAGAUGACUCAGCUGGAGCAAGACGGUUCCGAGAAGCAGCAAAAGAUUGAUGCUUAUGUGGAGCGCAUGAAAGUGUUAAAAGAAACUUUCAUGAAACAGCGUGAGGCGCAGCAGGCCGUCGAGAAGGAGCGCGACGAAGCUAAAGCGGCACUCGAAGCUGCCAACAAGUCAGCUGAAGGCAGUUCGCGAGUCACUGAGACCGAAACCGUGGCGCAGCUUGAGCGAGCGAAGGUCGCUGAAGAGGCAUUGGUGAGUGUGCAGGAACGUUGUGUGGCGGCCGAAGAACGCAUUGCGCUUUUGCAAGAGGAGGCCGCAGCAUUGCGCUGGGAAGCGGACACUGCGAAACAGACCGCGGCCACAACUGCUACUACGGCGGACAACGCCGCGAAAGCAGAAGAGCAAGCUGCGAAAAUGAAAGAAGAGAUGGAGCAGCGCCAUCGAGAGGAGGUUGAGGCUCUCAGCAGUAAACACGCGGCAGCCUUGGCGGAAGCGCAAGCGCGAGUCGCGGAGACUACGAACUUGCUCACUGAGCGCGCCGCGGAUUUGGAGCGUAGCAAAGAGCGCGUAACGCAGUUGGAAGAGACUGCGGAGCAACAAGCCGAAGCGGCGAAGCAGCAGGUGGAAGCCGCCGUAAAGGAGCUCGAGGCCGUCAAGAGAGAAGCAGAGCAGUCGCACAAAGACGCCGUCUUUUUUGAACAGCAAGUUGCGGAUAUGCGCGACAACAAAGUUGCUAGUGACCAGCUAGCCUUGUUUCAAGGUGAGAUCAAGGAACUCCAAAGUAAGCUUGCUACCGCAACGCAGGAACGGGAUGCCAGCGUGAAGGAGCUGCAGCUGUUGCAGCACACCCACGAAACCAUUCUGGCGAAGGAGCGGGAUAACGAUCAUGUUCUGAUCUUCCAACAGGAAAUCCAGUUGCUCCAGCAGAAGCUGCGCUCGGAGCAAGAAGAACGCCACACGCUGGAAGAUAAGCUUUCCAUGCACGAGCACGACAAGGAAGUGAGCGACAAGCUGCAGACGCAGCUCUUCGCGCUGCAGCAGAAAUUCCGGACGGAAUCAGAGGAAAAGGUCGCCUUACAACGGAAAGCGGAGAGUCUAGAGAUGGAGAUCUUAAAUCUCAAGGGCAGCGCUAGUGGCGCGGCUUCGACCACCUCAGGAGCCGCGUCGGGCAGCGCCGACUUGCUGCAAAUGGACACUUCCUCGGCCGCGACCGUGUCGAGCUCGUCGAAAGACGCGUCCUCGAAAGAAGGUUCUGUGGGCGAGGCCAGCCAGGAGCUUCUGGUGGAAAGUCAAGAGCGCGUGGCCGCAUUGGAGGAGCGGACGCGGGAAUUGGAGCAGCAGCUUGCACAGAGGAGUGAGGCGCUGACCAAGCAGGGUGUGGCCUUCGAGGAAGAGCGAAAAUUGUUGGGGGAUGAUUUCGAGACGCAAAAGUCAGAUGCCCUGCAAGCCCUGAGAACCGAAUUCGCGGCUAAGUGGGAAGCAGCCAAUGCGCAGCGGGUCGAAGCAGCGGCAGUAGAAAAGACAGUAUUGGAGGAGCAGGUACGGGCAGCAACGGAGACGAGCGCCAAACUGCAAGCGGAUAUGCAGGCGUCACAGGAGACGCAUGCGAGGGAGGUCGCAGCGCUGCGGGAAGAACAUCUCAAAGAAAUGGAAUUGUUGCAGGCAGCGGGCGCGAGCAUGGAAGAAGGGGCCGAGCAAAUGAAGCAACAGGCAGCCGAGGCAGCAGCGCAGCAAAAAGAGACUAUUGAAAAGGAAAGGGCGCUUUUGGAAGAACAGCUGCGCGUGGCGGCUGAAAGACAAAGCGUUGCGGCGGAGACACAAGUAAAAGAGUUUGAAGCAGCAAAGGCCGAGCUUGUGGCGCGAGUCGAGACGCUAACAGCCGAACGCGAUGCUGCAAAACAGGGUGCGGGCGAGGCGACUUCGCUCGGCGAGCAACUAAAAGAAGUCGAAGCAUCGAAGGCCAGCCUCACCGCGCAGCUUGAGGCGUUAACAGCCGAACGCGAUGCCGCAAAACAGGUUGCGGGCGAGGCGACUUCGAUCGGCGAGCAACUAAAAGAAGUCGAAGCAUCGAAGGCCAGCCUCAUCGCGCAGCUUGAGGCGUUAACAGCCGAACGCGAUGCCGCAAAACAGGUUGCGGGCGAGGCUUCUACUAUUGGUGCGCGACUGCAAGAAGUCGAAGCAGCCAAAGCUAAUUUAGCGGCGCAGGUUGACCUUUUGAAAGCAGAGCGCGAUGCCGCAAAACAGGUUGCGGGCGAGGCUUCUACUAUAUUAACUGGUGCUCAACAACUGCAAGAAGUCGAAGCCGCAAAGGCAAGUUUAG